AUGCCUGUGGUAACUCUGUUACCUUUCACUGCGACUUUGAACAGGAAGUCUGCCAACACGACUUCAUUUCGGUUGUCUGAGAAAUUUAUCUUGCUUUUAGUUUUCAGUGCUUUCAUUACACUGUGUAUCGGUGUGCUGUUCUUCUUGCCCAGUUCGUCUAAGCUUUUCAGUGGAGUUUUCUUGCGCUCGUCAUCCCUCGAAACGGCUACAAAGACAGGUACGGACAGAGACUCCGGCGUCAGCACUGGGAAUACGGACAAAACAGUUAAAACUAGAGACACGCACGAUGAGCUCUUGAUGGAGGCGCAAGGGAUGCUUCAUAAGCACCCCGAAGAUGUAAAGAAAGAUAUAAAAACAGAAAAGAACAAAGUUGUCCAAGGUCUCGUUAAAGGCUGGAAAGGAAAAAAUCUCCCCUAUAUCGAAUAUGUUCGACCACCCGGAGCAACAGGGCAGGAGCCGUCGGACCCAGAUAUGAAGCAGAAAAGAGACAAAAUAAAAGAGAUGAUGCAGUUUGCUUGGGGCAACUACAAGCGCUAUGCCUGGGGCUCCAAUGAACUUCGGCCCGUCUCCAAGCAAGGACAUUCCAGCAAUCUGUUUGGGAGUCUGAAAGGGGUGACCAUAGUGGAUGCGUUGGACACUCUCUACAUCAUGGAGAUGCAAGAGGAGUUUGAGGAGGCUUCUGACUGGGUGGAGAAGAACUUGGACUUUAACUUGAAUACAGAGAUCUCUGUGUUUGAAGUGAACAUUCGGCUGGUGGGAGGACUGCUAUCUGCCUACUACCUCUCCGGCAAUGAGGUGUUCAGGAGGAAAGCUGUAGAGUUGGGGGAGAAACUGCUUCCAGCCUUCAAGACCCCCACUGGCAUCCCAUGGGCCCUGCUCAAUAUGAAGAGUGGUAUAGGGCGUAACUGGCCCUGGGCGUCGGGUGGCAGCAGCAUCUUGGCGGAGUACGGCACGCUGCACCUGGAGUUCAUGCACCUCAGCAAGCUGUCUGGAAACCCCGUCUUUGCAGAGAAGGUGAUGAAUAUCCGGAAGGUUCUGAAACGUCUGGAGAAGCCCUCAGGCCUGUACCCCAACUACCUGAACCCCAACAGCGGCCACUGGGGACAGAAUCAUGUGUCGGUGGGUGGACUGGGCGACAGCUUCUAUGAGUAUCUGCUGAAGGCCUGGCUCAUGUCGGACAAGACAGACGAGGAAGGAAAGCAACUCUACUACGACGCUUUGCAGGCCAUUGAGAAGAGCCUGAUCCGCAAGUCGAGCGGGGGUCUGACCUACAUAGCGGAGUGGAAGGGGGGUCUCCUGGAGCACAAGAUGGGCCACCUGACGUGCUUCGCUGGGGGCAUGAUCGCGCUGGGGGCCGACGGAGCUCCAGAAGGCCAGACGGGACGCCACAUGGAGCUGGCGGCCGAGAUCACACGCACCUGCCACGAGUCCUACGCUCGCACCAAUCUGAAGCUUGGUCCCGAGGCGUUCCGCUUUGAUGGGGGCGUGGAGGCCAUUGCCACGCGGCAGAAUGAGAAAUACUUCAUCCUGAGGCCAGAGGUCAUCGAGACCUACAUGUACCUGUGGAGGUUCACACACGACCCCAAGUACAGGCAGUGGGGCUGGGAGGCAGUGCAGGCUCUGGAGCAGCACUGUAGGGUGGAGGGGGGCUACAGUGGAGUGAGGGACGUCUACGCCUCCAACCCCAACCAUGACGACGUGCAGCAGAGCUUCUACCUGGCCGAGACGCUCAAGUAUCUCUACAUGUUGUUCUCAGAAGACGACCUCCUCCCGUUUGAGCACUGGGUGUUCAACACUGAAGCCCACCCCCUACCCGUCAUCAAAACAGAGCACAGGACCAGUCAGGGCAACGAGGUGGUGGAGUAGCCCCCUCCCACUUCCUCCACCAACCUCUGAACUCUGACCUUUCACCCCUUUCCCCACAAAGAUGGAACUGCCACAACACGCCACAUCUGUGACCGCCCCUCCCCUUGCUCACUAGGGGGCGCUACCGUGGGUGUUGUUUAUUUGGAGCCCUGAACUUGACUUGGACCUACUUCGCCAGGAGCACCAGGUGCCUAUCAACAACAACUUCUUCUUCUUCUUCUUCUUCUUCUUCUUCUUCUUCUUUUUUCUUCUUCGUCUUUCUUCUUAUUAUUCCUCUUUUUCUUCUUCUUCCUCUUUUUCUUCUUCUUCUUCUUCUUCUUCUUCUUCUUCUUCUUCUUCUUCUUCUUCUUCUUCUUCUUCUUCUUCUUCUUCUUCUUCUUCUUCUUCU